AAAAUACCAAAAUGACAGCAAGGCUUAAAAGGAACUCAGGAAUAAACAGAGCAAUACUUUCAGAAGUGGAUCCCAUGAGGCACCUACGUCACUCAUUUCAUAUGAGCAGGACAAAUACGACAGAACAGCUCCCCAGCAUUGCAGGGAUUGGUUUGGGGAUUCAGGAUGUAAAGUCAACCACUAAUGUGCCUUUUGGUAAAACAGCAAAAAGCGUUCCCGGCACUGUCACAGCUGAGAAGCCAUCACGGAAGAGCGUUGUCAGCAUAGCAGUUCAGGUAUCGUCUGAUGAAGAAAGUGCAUUUCUGUCAAAAAUACAAGCUUUGCAGAAGGAAAAUCUGGUGCUGAGAUCAUCUGUAAAAGAAAAAGAGGAUAUGGUGGAAAAGCUCAAUAAAACCAUUACAAAUAAGACGUUGCAGUUCGCCAAAGACAUUGAACUUGAAGUAAACAGUCAUGAAACCACCAGGCAGUCGCUGGACAGAAGCCAGAGAUUAGUGGAAGAAAAGGAACAGCUUCUAAACGAUAACAUUCUGCAUUAUGAAAAUGUCAGCAGAGAACUGCAGAGUCAGUAUGAAGAGACAAUGGCAGCACUUCGGGAACAGAGCCAAAUAGAGGUCAACAUCAGAGAUGAAAAAGUCAAUAAACUGAAGCAGCAGAUCUCCGAACUUUUCAGAGACAAGUCAUGGGAACAUCAGAAGCAAAUGGAAGACCUGCAGAAGGAAAUAAGUCGAUUAGCGGAGGAGGCUCAGUUACACCGCACACAGCUGAAGAGAGAUAGCACUUCCAGACAUGCGUGUGAAAAGUGUAAGACCCUGAUGGCAGCAUUGGAAGACAGCAAGAUACAAAUGAAACUCAAGAACAGAACAAUUGAGGAGCUCCAAUCACUGUGCCAAAGAUUUGAAAAUCAGCUGCAGGAUCAAGAGAAAUUACAGAAAUUACUUUUGGCCAAAAACAGAGAUGUGAAAUAGCCAGCAAGAG